CCGCCCCGCGCUCCCACAGCCCGAGCGCCGCUCAGCUGACCCGCGGGCGCCAGACGCGGCGGCUCUCAGCUCGCGAGCGCAGCUGCGGCGGCAAAGGGCCCCCCGGGCCGACACUCCCCCUCGCCCCUCCCCCACCCGGCCGGGCUCUGGACCCGCCGCGCGCGAGCCCGCGGCCGCUUCCCCCGCGCCGAGCGAGGAGGCUGCUGCGGCGGCGGCGAGAGGCGGCUGCGCGGCCAUGGGCGCGCCAGGGUCGCCCUAGGGCGGGCGCACAGACCACAGCCGGAGCGGUGGCGGCGGCCUCCACGGAAAGCCUUCCCAGGCGGCAGCGGCGGCCCCUGGAGCAGCGCGGCCGGGAUGAGCGGGAGCGGCGCGGCGCCCGGCCCGGGCUCGGGCUCCUCCCCGGCCGCCUGCCGCUUCGCGCACUACUUCGUGCUGUGCGGGAUCGACGCGGACAGCGGGCUGGAGCCUGACGAGCUGGCGGUUUUGUACCAAUGGCUAGAAGCAGAUCGUCAUGGCAAGAGCCAAGGUGCUGCAAAUACGACUUCAGGUGAAAAUUUUGACCAGAGUCCUUUGAGAAGAACAUUCAAAUCGAAAGUUCUUGCCCACUAUCCUCAGAAUAUAGAAUGGAACCCUUUUGAUCAAGAUGCGGUGAACAUGUUGUGCAUGCCCAAAGGGCUAUCUUUCAGGACACAAACAGACAAUAAAGACCCCCAGUUUCACUCAUUUAUAAUUACCAGGGAAGAUGGUUCUCGCACCUAUGGUUUUGUUCUCACUUUUUAUGAAGAAGUUACAAGUAAGCAAAUCUGCACAGCAAUGCAGACACUUUACCAGAUGCACAACGCUGAGCAUUACAGCAGUGUGUAUGCUUCAUCUUCCUGCAGUAUGGACUCAUUGGCAAGUAGUCUUGAUGAAGGAGAUACAACUUCCCUUUUGAAACUCCAGCGAUACAACUCCUAUGAUAUUAGCAGAGACACCCUGUAUGUUUCAAAAAGUAUAUGCUUGAUCACACCGUUACCAUUCAUGCAGGCCUGCAAGAAAUUCCUUAUCCAGCUCUACAAGGCCGUUACCUCACAACAGCCACCACCCUUGCCACUUGAAAGCUAUAUCCACAAUAUUCUUUAUGAAGUACCCCUUCCACCUCCAGGGAGGUCACUGAAAUUUUAUGGUGUUUAUGAACCUGUCAUCUGCCAGAGGCCUGGGCCCAGUGAACUCCCCCUCUCUGAUUACCCCCUUCGGGAGGCAUUUGAGCUCCUGGGGUUAGAGAACCUGGUGCAGGUGUUUACCUGUGUUCUUUUAGAGAUGCAAAUCCUUCUCUACUCACAAGAUUAUCAACGCCUGAUGACGGUGGCAGAAGGCAUCACCACACUUUUGUUCCCAUUUCAGUGGCAACAUGUUUAUGUGCCCAUUCUACCUGCUUCUCUGCUACAUUUUCUUGAUGCUCCUGUCCCUUAUCUGAUGGGCCUUCAGUCAAAAGAAGGAACUGACCGUUCUAAACUAGAACUUCCUCAAGAGGCUAAUUUGUGUUUUGUGGACAUUGACAACCAUUUUAUUGAAUUGCCUGAAGAAUUUCCACAGUUCCCCAAUAAAGUGGAUUUUAUCCAAGAACUCUCUGAGGUUCUUGUUCAAUUUGGGAUCCCUCCUGAGGGCAGCCUACAUUGCAGUGAGAGUACCAGCAAACUGAAGAAUAUGGUUCUGAAAGACUUGGUCAAUGACAAAAAGAACGGCAAUGUCUGUACUAAUAACAUCAGCAUGUAUGAGUUACUGAAGGGCAAUGAAACCAUAGCCCGCUUACAGGCCCUGGCCAAGCGUACUGGUGUGGCUGUGGAGAAAAUGGACCUCUCUGCUUCUCUGGGUGAAAAAGACAAGGAUUUAAAACUGCAUUGUGAAGAGGCAGAACUAAGGGACUACCAGCUCAAUGUACAGCUCCGAGAGGUCUUUGCUAACCGUUUUACACAGAUGUUUGCGGAUUACGAAGCAUUUGUCAUUCAGACUGCCCAGGACAUGGAAUCCUGGCUGACCAACCGGGAACAGAUGCAGAACUUUGACAAAGCUUCCUUUCUGUCUGACCAGCCUGAGCCUUACCUGCCAUUUCUUUCACGCUUCAUUGAAACACAGAUGUUUGCCACCUUUAUUGAUAAUAAAAUUAUGUCUCAGUGGGAAGAGAAAGAUCCUUUGCUUCGGGUCUUUGACACUCGGAUUGAUAAGAUAAGGCUGUAUAACGUAAGGGCACCCACCUUGCGGACAUCUAUAUAUCAGAAAUGCAGCACUUUAAAAGAAGCAGCCCAAUCAAUUGAACAGAGACUGAUGAAAAUGGAUCACACUGCAAUCCACCCACAUCUACUUGAUAUGAAAAUUGGUCAAGGCAAAUAUGAGCAGGGGUUCUUUCCAAAGUUACAGUCCGAUGUCUUGGCAACAGGACCAACCAAUAACAAUCGCUGGGUAAGUCGGAGUGCCACUGCACAGCGCAGGAAAGAGCGCCUUCGCCAGCAUUCUGAGCACGUUGGGCUGGACAAUGACUUGAGGGAGAAAUAUAUGCAAGAGGCACGAAGUUUAGGAAAAAACCUGAGGCAACCCAAACUGUCAGACCUCUCUCCUGCAGUUAUUGCACAGACCAACUGUAAAUUCGUAGAAGGCUUAUUAAAAGAAUGUAGAAUGAAGACAAAGCGCAUGUUGGUGGAGAAGAUGGGACAUGAAGCGGUGGAACUUGGCCAUGGAGAAGCAAACAUCACCGGCCUGGAGGAGAACACCUUGAUCGCCAGCCUCUGUGACCUGCUGGAGAGGAUAUGGAGCCAUGGCUUGCAGGUCAAGCAGGGGAAGUCGGCUUUGUGGUCACAUUUAAUUCAAUUUCAGGACAGAGAAGAGAAACAAGAGCACCUUGCAGAAUCACCAGGUAUGACAUCAUUGAGCCCUUCCACUGAAGGGAUUGCCCUUGGACCAGAAAGAAGAAAAUCUGACUCAGGAGUUAUGUUGCCAACGCUCAGGGUCUCUCUUAUUCAGGACAUGAGGCAUAUUCAAAACAUGAGUGAGAUCAAGACUGAUGUUGGACGAGCUCGGGCAUGGAUAAGACUGUCUCUAGAAAAGAAGCUCUUGUCCCAGCAUCUUAAGCAGUUGCUUUCUAACCAACCACUCACCAAGAAGCUUUAUAAGCGAUAUGCUUUUCUACGUUGCGAAGAAGAAAGAGAGCAGUUUCUUUACCACCUUCUUUCUCUCAAUGCCGUGGACUAUUUCUGCUUCACCAGUGUGUUCACCACUAUCAUGAUUCCAUAUAGGUCAGUGAUCAUCCCAAUCAAAAAGCUGAGCAAUGCAAUAAUCACAUCAAACCCUUGGAUCUGUGUAUCAGGAGAGCUAGGAGACACAGGAGUAAUGCAGAUUCCCAAAAACCUCCUCGAAAUGACCUUUGAGUGCCAGAACUUGGGGAAGCUGACCACUGUUCAGAUUGGUCACGAUAACUCAGGACUGUUAGCCAAAUGGCUAGUGGAUUGUGUCAUGGUCAGAAAUGAAAUCACAGGACAUACAUACAGAUUCCCAUGUGGGCGGUGGCUGGGGAAAGGCAUUGAUGAUGGGAGCCUGGAGAGAAUUCUUAUUGGAGAAUUGAUGACAUCAGCAUCAGAUGAAGAUCUAGUAAAGCAGUGUCGGACUCCACCCCAGCAGAAGUCACCCACCACGGCUAGGAGAUUGAGCAUCACUUCACUGACAGGAAAAAACAACAAACCCAAUGCUGGGCAGAUACAAGAAGGAAUUGGAGAAGCUGUGAACAAUAUUGUGAAACAUUUUCAUAAACCUGAAAAAGAGAGAGGAAGCCUCACCGUGUUGCUGUGUGGAGAAAAUGGCCUGGUUGCAGCCCUUGAGCAAGUUUUCCAUCACGGGUUCAAAUCUGCCCGCAUCUUUCACAAGAAUGUCUUCAUCUGGGACUUCAUAGAGAAAGUGGUUGCUUAUUUUGAAACAACUGACCAGAUUCUAGAUAAUGAAGAUGAUGUCCUUAUUCAGAAAUCAUCCUGCAAAACCUUCUGCCACUAUGUAAAUGCUAUUAAUACUGCACCCAGGAACAUUGGGAAGGACGGCAAAUUCCAGAUUUUAGUUUGCCUUGGAACAAGGGACCGCCUGCUCCCACAGUGGAUUCCAUUGUUAGCUGAGUGUCCUGCCAUCACUCGAAUGUAUGAAGAGAGCGCUCUCCUGCGGGACCGCAUGACUGUCAACUCCCUUAUCCGAAUUCUGCAGACCAUUCAGGACUUCACCAUAGUUCUAGAAGGAUCACUCAUCAAAGGAGUGGAUGUGUAACCCAACUGGCUAGAAACUCUCAGUCCAAACCUUGCUCCUUUCCCAACUAGGGGACCGAUUUGGACUUGCCUGACAGUAGUGAGUCACUGCAGGGGCAGCCCAACAUAUGCCCCAUUUGGAACAAUCCUCACUCUACAGGCAAGGCAAAAUGUUGUAUUGUAGUUCAUUUGAACCUGGAAUUUAGUAUAAAAUAGAGUAUUUUCAUGUGUUAGAUGUGUGUAAAUAUGCUAUCUUCUUUAAGAAAUUAUAUUACUCUAAUAAGAUGCUUUUCUUAGAUUGAAUAUUCCUGUGACUUAAAAUAAGUAGCUUAAAAAUGUUGGGGGUUGCGGGGAAGAGUGGUGCUAGCCAGGAAGAAGCCAGUAAACAUGUAAAUAUAGUGCAACCCAGUCGGGCUUUUUUUUUUCUCCAGAUAUCACAGAGAAACCCAGAAUGCAUUGUUAUGUAGUAGCCAUCCAUCUUGGAGUCUGAUCCUUUGUAUUGUGGAUGCACACAGCUUUACCUACUGUACUGGUAGUCUUCACUUGUAUCUUUUAAGUUACAAACUGUUUUAUAUAUUUGAAUCGUUAGUCACUUUUCCAGUCUUUUGGAAAAAAAUUUCAGUCCGCACAAGAUGAUAUAAUUGGAGUAUUUUAAACAGUAGACCCCAGGAGCUUGGCUGAACUGGAAAGAGAACAUACAAAGCUCUGAGAAGUGUGUUCAAUUGUGGGAUUAUAACCUCUUUACACUUUGGAAAGAUUAGCCUAGACUAACUUCAUUCUUGGCAUUUUUAUUCUUGUUAUUUGAGGUACUUUGGGGAGAUGUGAAUUUCAGUGUUAGAUUCAUAGUGAUAAGAACUGCAAACAGCAAUUUGAUUCUGUACUUUUAAUUUGGCCAUCUAAACUCUGCAGUGGUCUACCUCUUAAGGAUAACCGUGAGCCCUGUCUUUGUUAGGGUCUAAUCACCCACCUCUCCAGGGCCCAUCCCCCCUCGGGAAAUGGAAGGAAUGUCUAAGGAGGAGGAGGGCUCUGUGUGGCUUGGAAUGUUUUUGUGAAAGCAUUUGUUGACCAUGAUAAUGCAAAUAACAGAAGGAAAGAGAGAAUGAACCCUUUCUGGGUGUUUCAGGGCAAGCUUUACAUUCCUUUGUAGGAAGGGGAGUAAUAAUGUAAAACAACUGACCCAGAGAAGCUAAAAGCCACUGGCGGCACAGGCUGACAAAAUGGAAGCAAAACAAGAGGUGGCAACAAUUUUGAAAGACCAAAAGUUGUGAGUAACUUUCCAUUUUGAUAGUUUAUAAAGAAGUUAAGUAAAUGUAGUAUUGGCUAGUUACUGUAAGUCCUCAUCUUCUGGUAGGUCCUGUAACUCUAAUUAGGCAUUUGUACAUUUUUAGCAGCAAAAUUGCCUCAGCAGAGCUAGUUUUAUUCCCAGUUGUGGCUGAAAAGCAAAGCCAUGGCAUCAGUAUCCUUGUGCAAUCGGAAGGUGCUGGGCUUUCACCAACUGCGUUGUUAAGCUUAUUUCCUGGAGGAAGAAGCUAAUGAAACAAGUGCCUAACUCCCUUUAUCAAACACUGUAUUCAGCCAAGGACAGCCUCUUUUAACAUGUGACUUCAUACUUGAGGAAAAGGAGAGUUGACAGCUGUAUUUAAAAACCCAUGGAGCCAGGUGCGGUGGCUCACACCUAUGAUCCCAGCACUUUGGGAGGCCGAGGCGGGCGGAUCACGAGGUCAGGAGAUCGAGACCAUCCUGGUUAACACGGUGAUACCCCGUCUCUGCUAAAAAUACAAAACAUUAGCUGUGCAUGGUGGCGGGUGCCUGUACAGGAGGCUGAGGCAGGAGAAUGGCGUGAACCCGGGGGGCAGAGCUUGCAGUGAGCUAAGAUCGUGCUACUGCCCUCCAGCCUGGGUGACAGAGCAAGACCCUGUCUCAAAAAAUAAAUAAAAAUAAAAACCCAUGGAAAUGGUUUAAGAAGAUGGUUCUGGGUAGACCAGAAAUUUGUUUGCCUGAAGCUAAAGUGUGUCUACAAUGGUACAGCUCUUCCAGGGACAUGGGAAGUCUAUCGUGGGAGAUAUCCAGAACCUGUUUACACUGGGUUCCUACUGUGUUUAGUGAUCAGAAACUAUAGAGGGGUCCAGCUCAGGAUUUCAUGCUUGUAUCUUCAUAAGACCAUGCUCCUGACAGGUCUAGGCAACCAGGGGGAUGACUUAGGUUAGUGUGCUGGGAUUGACACACCUCGUCCAGCCUUCUUACUUUGUGGAUGGGAACACUUAAGGAAUAGAGAGAUUAAAUCUUACACUUACCCCACAGCUGGUUACUGACAACACAAGCUCUAGAAUUCAUGUUUGUUUGUUUGUUUGUGUUAUUUCACCAGGCUGCAUGAGACUGACCUUCUGGCAUUCUUACUAAUAGUCUUUCUAUUAUACUAUUGGAUUUUUAUUCAUCCACCUAUACAAGUAGGAAAUAAGGAUGAAUAUUCAUUUAGAAGAAUAUUCAUAUUAACACAUUGCUCUCAGAUUAUUGGGAAUUAACAUCUUGUAAAAACUGGGAGCAGGCCAGGUGCCGUGGCUAACGCCUGUAAUCCUGACACUUUGGGAGUCUGAGGCGGGUGGUUCAUCUGAGGUCAGUCAGGAGUUCAAGACCAGACUGGCCAACAUGUUGAAACCCCGUCUCUGCUAAAAAAAAAAAAAAAUAGACAAAACUUAGCCAGGGGGUGGUGGCAGGGCCUGUAAUUCCAGCUACUCAGGAGGCUGAAGCAGGAGAAUCGCUUAAACACAGGAGGUGGGGGUUGUAGUGAGCCGAGAUCGCGCCACAGCACUCCAGCCUGGACGACAAGAGCGAGACUCCGUCUCAAAACAAAACCAAAAACAAACAAACAAACAAAAACUGCAAAGCAAAGUUGGAUUUGGGGCCUAUGAAUAAAACCAUCACUUUAAAAAGUAAUACCCCCCAAAAAAGUUACACCUAAAGUUUCAUCUUCAUGCCUUUGUGUAAUAUUACGAUAAUGGUGAAAUGAUGAUUUAAAAAAAAAACACAUCAGAACUGACACAUCCUCUUGGGUGAUGGGUCCUUUAGUCACCUUGUGAGCCCAUGUACUUAUUCCGUUGAUACAGCCUGUGCUAUAAACACGUGGGGCCCUCCUUGUGUGAGCUGCUUGAAUGGCCAGUACCCCCAUUCUUUUGAAUAUUCCCAAUGGUGGUCAAUCUUGGCCUUUAAGAAUAAAUUUAAAUAUUUGGAAAUAGUCCUUAGGAUCCAAGUUUGAUCAAUGAAAAGGAUGCUUAAGCUGAGUUUGGGGUCACAUAAGAAGUGCAGUUAUAAAGAAAUAAGACAUGUUGGGCAUGGCAGUACACACCUGUAGUCCCAGCUGCUUGGGAAGCCAAGGCAGGAGGAUCACUUCAACCCAGGAGUUUGAGUCCAGCCUGGGUAACAUAGGGAAACCCCAUCUCAAAAAAACAAAACAAAGGACUUAGUUUUUAUGUGGCUCAUAAGUGUCUCUAAGUUAUACCAAAAAUUUGAGCACAACAGUAGUCUGAAUGCUUAGAAUAAAUGCUUGACUUUUAAGCUGACUUUUGGAAGGACCAUACCCACAUAGAGGCAUCUUUUCUGCUGUGGUAAUUUUUUAAAUUAAUACAUUGCUUUAGGAUCACGUCUCAAAGUAAAUAAAAAAUCAAUAUUUAAUUUGUUUUUUUUCCUGCAAAUAAAUUAAAUGUCUGGGACCAUAAUGAUUAUUUUUGCAUAGUAAUAGCUGGUGAAGUUGUUUUAAAAUUAAAUUGCCAAAAGUAUUACCUCUUGAAAAAUUUAUUUUCCCAAUGUUUUUCAUGUCCUGAAAUCCCUAAUCUUGACCUUUAUGACACAGUGGCAUUACACUGAUGUUGGAAGCAUGUGUGAGAUCUGUGCCCCGGUCGGGAGUCAUAUGCCUUAAAAAUGACUGCUAGUCAGUGUGAAGUAGUAUAAAGCGGAGUCCUGCGUGGGAAAAAGCAGGCUACUGAGGACAAAAACCUCCCAACCCUCCCCACCCUGUUUUCCACUGGGAAUGAGAAUUUGAUAUGAGAAACUUAAACCUUGCAGAAGUGUGGAUUUCCCUCUGAAAUUUAAAUGUUUCACACAUUUUUGUACCUUUUGUAACCUUGUAUUUACUUUCACAUGGCUUUUUAAAAAAUUAUUUUAAUGAACUUCUAUCACACUAUAUGAAUGAUAUGGGGGAAAUAAUUGCUCAUAUUUCCUUUUUUGGCAAUAAAGCACUGUUAUAUGUAAAUGUAAGUGAAAAAGAGGUUCAAGACUAUACAACAGCUUAUGUGUAGUACAUGUUGACAUCCCUAAGGUAUUUUGAAACAUGAGGUGACAGACAAGGACCUCAAAUUUCCAGGGAAAUAUUUAUUUCACAACAUUAGGAGUGUAGCUCUUCAUAAUGAAAUAUCUUCUUUCUGCUAAAAAUUACGAUUUUUCAUUUAGGGAACUGUGAAUAUUUUCUGUGAGGUUUACAGAAACUAGUCUAUCCUUUUCACUAUGUUGAAAAGACAAUCUGAACUUUAGCUAUUUAUAUUUCAGUAUUAACACACCUUCACUGAUUGAGAGUCUUGAGCCCUUCUCUACUUUUAUAAAGUGACUCCUAUUUCCAAGUCAUCCAUGUCUUUUGAAGUCUGUUCCUUAUAUAAGUAUUUAUUACUUUACUGUUUAGCAUAAAUAGGAGACAGAAAAGGAUAAUAAACUACUAGGUCCUUUAUUCCUAUUAAAAUAAAUUUAUAAAUCCCUUGAAUCAACUGAAUUCUAAGCUUUUUGAAGAGGUUGCUGAUGUAGUGUGAUCAAAAGAAUCUAAGGAGAACCUCAUCUCCAAAAUCUGAUUAGAGCUGUUCACCCUCUCAAAGACAAGAUAAAGAUUGGCUUCAGAGAUAUAUCACAUCAAGCUAGAGGGAAAAAAAAACCUCAAAUAAAAUUUUUCCUCAUUUGAAGGGAUCCAGGGUACCCUUGGGUUAUGUAGGAGGGAAUCAUGUUUGUUCUAAUUUACCUGAAUAUACUCGUGUGUGACUCCAAUCUUGAUUCUAAACACCAAAUCUUGUCAACAAUAGAGCAGUAUAGUGAGGAGUUCCUGCUGUCAAUCAAAUGAAGGUGUGAAACAUUUAGAAUGCUGUGUUACACUUAAACCGUGUAUAAAUGUACCCUGUGUAUCUUUUUUUAAAAUUAGCUUUAUAUUGUUUUUCUUUGUAUUGUUAACAAAAUGCAUCAGAACUGGAUUUUUUUUCUCAUCUGAACAUAAUAUAAAAUUUAAAAGAGUAUUGUGAUAUUAAGCACUUUAACAUACAUAUCAGACAAACUGACGUGGGUUUUUCAGGUUUGGGAGUACAUUUAAAUAUGACUUUUCAUGCUUUGUUCUUUACAAAUAAAACUGUGGGAUUGAUA